CACCCAGCAGAGCAGGACAGCAUAUCCUCAUCCAAGAUUCGUUACGGCACCAUAGGGAGCAGCAGUGAGCAUGACCAUCACAAUAACAGCAAUGACUGCAACCAUUAUGACCGCAGUCUUUCCACAACAGCAGUUGGUCAGUGGGUCAGAGCUGAUCAGGAAGAGGAAGCCAUACGCAGGAAGCUGAAGUACUUCUUCAUGAGCCCUUGUGACAAAUAUCACGCCAAGGGUCGCAAGCCUUAUAAGCUAUUUUUGCAGCUGCUCAAGAUUAUUUUUGUGACAGCUCAGUUGGUGAUGUUUGGCCUCAGUAAUCAGGUGGUGGUGACGUUCAAGGAGGAAAACACAAUGACUUUCAAGCACCUCUUUCUGAAAGACUAUGAUGAAUCAUUAGAUGACUUGUUUGCCGUUUACACGCAACAGGAGGUCUACAAUCACAUCUUCUACACCAUAGAGAAGUAUCUGGCGUUACCAGAGACCUCGGUAGGACGCUAUGCAUAUGUCUAUGAUGCUGGUGUGAAUGGCAGCGCACUUUCCCUCUGUCAGCAGUACUUCAAGAAGGGGCGAAUAGACCCGGCCAAUGACACUUUCAGCAUAGACCCUCGCAUCAUUACCAACUGCGUUGGUAUCAACCCCCUGUCGGUACCUUCAACUCUGCUCACCAACAGCUACAGGAAUUUUACACUCAAGUUCCACAAGCUGAUUAAUGUUACCAUACAGUUCCAGCUGAAGGCAAUCAAUAUACAGACUAUCAUCAACAACGAGAUCCCUGACUGCUACACUUUUUGCAUAACAAUAGUUCUUGACAACAAGGCUCACAGUGGCAAAGUGAAGAUCUGGUUAGAAAACCAGGCAACAAUAAAGGAGUGUAAUCACCCGAGUGUAUCUGGACAUGCUGAGAACUAUACACGCUUGGCAUUUGAUGUGGCUGUUACUCUACUGUGCCUGCUGUCUCUGGUGCUGUGUGGGCGCUCCAUACUGAGAGGCAUAAUGCUACAACAGGAAUUUGUACAGUAUUUUAAGGAUACUCUGGAUCGUAGAGUGUGCUGGACUGACCGGCUUGAGUUCAUUAAUGGGUGGUAUAUUCUACUCAUUGUCAGCGACAUCUUUACCAUUACUGGCAGCAUCAUCAAAAUUGGCAUUGAGUCAAAGAAUAUGUCAUCUUAUGAUGUAUGUGGCAUCCUGUUAGGGACCUCAACUCUUCUGGUGUGGGUAGGAGUCAUUCGCUACCUCACAUUCUUCCAGAAAUACAAUAUCCUCAUCAUCACACUUCGAGCAGCAUUCCCCAAUGUGAUUCGGUUCUGCUGCUGUGUAGCUGUCAUCUAUUUGGGUUACUGCUUCUGCGGCUGGAUUGUCCUUGGCCCAUACCAUGUGAAGUUCCGUUCUCUAUCGAUGGUGUCAGAGUGUCUUUUCUCCCUUAUUAAUGGUGAUGACAUGUUCGUGACGUUCGCUGAGAUGCAGGACACUAGCCCGCUGGUGUGGCUGUUCAGCCAAGUUUACCUAUACACUUUCAUCUCUCUCUUCAUCUAUAUGGUCCUGUCUUUGUUUAUCGCUCUCAUCACAGGAGCUUAUGAGACUAUCAAGCAUCAAACUCAAGAACCUAUUCACAUCACAGACCUGCAUGCCUUCAUAGCAGAGUGCACAGAUGCACCAAGUUCUGGGAAAUUCAGAGGUCUGGAGACCUCACCAUGCUCUUUCUUCUGCUGCUGUGAC